GUCACGUCCUAUUUACUCCAUUUUAGUUUUGCUAAUGUUUUGGUAGGCGUCAGUGUGGUGUUCGCGGAAUAAGCUGGUAAAUAAUCAUGGGGAGAAAAAAGAAGAAGCAGAUGAAGCCCUGGUGUUGGUACUGUAACAGGGAUUUUGAUGAUGAAAAGAUUCUUAUUCAGCAUCAGAAAGCCAAGCACUUUAAGUGUCACAUAUGUCACAAGAAGUUAUACACUGGUCCUGGUCUGGCCAUCCACUGUAUGCAGGUUCACAAAGAAACCAUUGAUGGUGUCCCUAAUGCAAUACCGGGAAGGACUGACAUAGAACUGGAGAUCUAUGGAAUGGAGGGCAUUCCAGAGAAAGAUAUGGAGGAGAGGAGACGUGUGCUUGAACAAAAAACACAAGAAAAUCAGAAGAAAAAACAGCAGGAUGACUCAGACGAAGAUGACGACGAUGAAGAGGCUGGUCCCUCCUUUCAGCAGCCAGCAACAACCGUACAGCCUCAGGCAGCCUAUGCCCCUAUGACCCAACCAGGAAUGGCCCCUGUCCCAGCGCCAGGGAUGCCACACGGAAGCUACUCAGGAAUGCCCCCAAUGAUGCCUGGUGUCCCCCCAAUGAUGCCAGGGAUGCCUCCUGUAAUGCCCGGGAUGCCUCCGGGCAUGAUGCCGAUGAGUGGGAUGAUGCCGCCUACACACGGAAUGCCCCCAAUGAUGCCCGGCAUGCCACCAGAAGUUUUUCAAGAUUGGGCUGUAGCUGACUUACAGACAAAGACAAGAUAUUUUGUAGGAAUACCUCCUCCCAUGGGUCAUCACCCUGGCAUACCCCACAUGGCUCAGGCCCCUCCUGCUACCGCCCGGCCGGCUGUGCCUGCCACCACAGUGUCCACACCACAGCCGAGCGUCUCCAAACCACUGUUUCCCAGUGCAGGACAGAUGGGGACUCGAGCUCCAAGCACAAGCUCAGGCUCCUCCAGUCUGGACAGUUUGUCAGCAUCCUCUAAACCGCUGUCCCAAGUUCAGCAGGCUGCUUCUGGUGUAGCGGUGAGCUCCACUGCACCACCUUCUGCUGCUCCCAAACCGACAUUCCCAGCUUACACCCAGUCCUCCGCCACUGCUCCUACCAACACGAGCAGCACUGUGGCCAAACCAGGUACCCCUGUCACAAGUAAGCCUGCCACCCUCACCACCACCAGUGCAACCAGUAAGUUGAUCCACCCUGAUGAAGAUAUAUCAUUGGAGGAGUUGCGAGCACAGCUGCCUCGCUACCAGUGUAAAAUCCCUAGUGCGGGACAGGCCCACGUAACAUCCCCGCCAGUUGCACCAAUGGGAGGCGUGUUGCCGCCUCAGCAGGGCAUUCCUGCACAGCAGCCUGGUGUUAGGCAUCCCAUGCAAGGGCCAUAUGGUGCUCCGCCGCAAGGUGUGCCUGGGUAUGUCCCGGGAGGAAUGCCUCCUUACGGACAAGCCCCGCCCAUGGUCCCUCCCUACCAGGCCGCUCCCCCUCGGCCCGCCAUUGGCAUGAGACCUCCUGUAAUGUCUCCUGGAGGCCGAUAUUAAAGCGUCACCACUGGUCUUCAAUAGGUUUGGUGAUUCAACCAUUUUACCAUCUAGUGGUGUGCUUUACAAUCCAGAUCAGUAACCGUAACCCUUCUUGCAAUGAGGAGAUGGAGUAAUCAAACUGUGUAACGCAUGGGACUUUUGAUUUUACCAAGUCUAUUGUUUAGACCUGCCCUUUUGUUGCAGAUCAUACAGUCUGGCUUUUUUCUCAUGUUUUGUUUAGGUUUUUAGAAGUGAAGUGUAGUAAAUAUGGUUCGUAUUAAUUUGAAGCGGCUGGAGUUUCGUACAGCACCUUUAUCAAGGCAAGUCACUGUAAAUAUACUACUGUAAUAAAAAGUGUGAAGCCUUCGCAGCACCCAUAGGUGCUGUUGGGCGUCCUGUCCCCAGCUUUGCUUGGUGAGGGCUUCAGAUAGCUGUCACUGUUGGAUUUAUUUUUCUAUGUCUGCCUGUCUACAUUUACAGUGUUCUCUCUGUAGGGCCAAUAACAAACGGACUCCUGUGAAUGCUAUCUGUACUGUUCCACUAUUAAUUGUAAUAAACUAUUGAAAUCUAA